AUGUCUAAGGAAGAGGAUAUCAAGCUUGCUGAGGAAAACAUUAAUACAGAUGUUAAUUCAAUAGCUAUUAAGAAACAUUAUGAUGCUGAAGAACGUUUACACAGAUAUGAUAAGAAAAAAUCAUUAUCCGAUAUAUUUGCUAUUGUCGCUGCAGGUUGUAGUCUUAUGACUGAUGGUUAUUUUAAUUCAAACAUGACAAUGAUGAAUUCAUUAUUUACACAAAUGUACCCAAAGGAAUAUACAGCAGAUAUGAAAACCGCAGUAUCAAAUGCUUUAUUAGUUGGUGAAGUCUUGGGUCAAGUUUCUAUUGGAUUAACUUGUGAUUAUUUUGGUAGAAAAUGGGCUAUUGUUACAACUACGUUAUUUAUUGUUCUUGGUUCAAUCAUGGCUACUGCAUCAAAUGGGAUUACUAUUACUGGUAUGUUUUGGAUGAUGGUUGUUUCAAGAGGUGUUAUUGGUUAUGGAUGUGGUGGUGAAUAUUGUGUUGCAAGUUCUGCAGCUUCUGAAAGUGCAAAUGAAACUGUUAAAAAAAGAGGUAGAAUAUUCAUUUGGGUUACAAAUUUACCAUUAACAUUAGGAGGACCUUUUUCAUUAAUUGUUUUCUUGAUUGUUUUUAGUGCUGCCGGUACAAGACAUCUAGAAGUUGUUUGGAGAGUUUGUUUUGGGCUAGGUAUUGUUUGGCCAUUAAGUAUUUUUUAUUUUAGAUUGAAAAUGAAUACAUCACAUUUAUAUAAAGAAGCUGCAAUUCAAAAAAAAGUUCCAUACCCUUUAGUUUUCAAAUAUUAUUGGAGAAGAUUAUUAGGUACUUGUGGUUGUUGGUUUAUUUUUGAUUUUAUUACAUUCCCAAAUGGUAUUUUUUCAUCAACAAUUAUCGCAAGUGUUUUAGAUGAUACCAAGGAUUUAAAAAAAGUUGCUGAAUGGACAUUAUUAUUAAAUGCCUUAUCAAUCCCAGGUGUUUUAUUAGGUUCAUUAGUUAUUGAUAAAUGGGGUAGAAAAAAUUGUUUAAUGAUUGGAUUUGCAGGUUAUUUAGUCAUUGGAUUAAUCAUUGGAUGUGCUUACAAUCAAUUAAAAGUCAUAGUUCCAUUAUUUGUUGUAUUUUAUGGUCUUUUCAAUAGUUUUGGUAGUUUUGGACCAGGUAAUUGUAUGGGAUUAACAUCAUCUGAAAGUUUUGCUACUCCAGUUCGUGGUACAUUAUAUGGAUUAUCAGCAGCUAUUGGUAAAGCAGGUGCAGCAGUUGGUACUCAAUGUUUUACCAAGAUUCAAGAGAACUUGGGUAAGCAAUGGACUUUUAUUAUUGCUGCUAUAUUGGGGUUGAUUGGUAUUUUAUUAGCAUUUUUCUGUAUUCCACAUUUAAAAGAAGAUGAUUUACAAAUGGAAGAUUUAAGAUUUGAAGAAUAUUUAAGAUUGAAUGGUUAUAAUGGUCAAAUUGGUUUAGAAAAAAGUGAUGAUAGUGAUGAAUCUUCAGUUGAAAGAUUUACAAUUGAAGAACCUGUCAAGAAUUGA